AACAAGAAAACAGAGAGCUUCAGAAAAUGGGAUCAGAUGUUCUUCAACCGUUGUUGUCAAACAAGAAUGCAUGUAACGACGAACUGGAGACCUUGUUAUCCAACACUCACCUUCCUCUUCUCCACCGUUACACUCAAGCUACUUGGAUCGAAAUGAAACUCCUGUUCUACUUAGCUGCUCCGGCGAUUCUCGUUUACAUGAUGAAUUACCUAAUGACCAUGUUCACCCAAAUCUUUUCCGGCCACCUCGGCAACCUCGAACUCGCUGCUUCCUCCCUUGGCAACAAUGGCAUUCAACUCUUCGCCUACGGUCUCAUGUUGGGGAUGGGAAGUGCUGUGGAAACUCUAUGUGGCCAAGCAUACGGAGCAGAGAAACACGAAAUGCUUGGGAUUUAUUUACAGAGAUCAGCCAUAUUAUUGACUCUAACAGGGUUUGUAUUAACAAUUGUUUACAUAUUUUGCAAACCCAUAUUGAUAAUUUUGGGAGAAUCAAACCAAAUCGCUUCGGCAGCAGAAGUAUUCGUGUACGGAUCGAUUCCUCAAAUCUUCGCUUACGCGAUAAACUUCCCAAUACAGAAGUUUCUUCAGGCACAGAGCAUAGUGUUUCCGAGUGCUUACAUAUCGGCAGGGACGUUGGUGGUUCAUGUGGUGUUGAGUUGGGUGGUUGCAUACAAAAUGGGGUUGGGGCUGAUGGGAGUGGCGUUGGUAUUGAGCCUGUCGUGGUGGAUAUUAGUGGUGGUGCAAUUUGUGUACAUAGUAAAGAGUAAAAGAUGUAAACAAACAUGGAGAGGGUUCAGUGCGAAGGCGUUUUCGGGGUUGCCGGAAUUCUUUAAGUUGUCGGUGUCGUCGGCGGUGAUGCUGUGUUUGGAGACUUGGUAUUUCCAGAUUUUGGUGUUGCUUGCUGGAUUGCUUGAACAUCCUCAACUUGCUCUCGACUCCCUUUCUAUCUGCACGACCAUAUCUGAAUGGGCUUUGAUGAUUUCAAUCGGCUUCAAUGCUGCCGCAAGUGUGAGAGUAGGAAAUGAACUUGGAAGUAAGCAUCCAAAAUCAGCAGCCUUUUCUGUGGUGGUGGUGACUGUCGUUGCAUUCAUCAUCUCUGUAUUUUGUAGUGUAAUUGUACUUGCAUUUCGCAAUGUCAUCGGCUACGCCUUUACAGAAGGCCUUGUUGUGGCAGCUGCCGUCUCCGAUCUUUGCCCACUUCUCGCUCUCACCAUUCUCCUCAACGGAAUUCAACCCGUCUUAUCUGGUGUUGCUGUCGGGUGUGGUUGGCAAGCAUUCGUUGCCUAUGUAAAUAUCGGUUGCUAUUAUAUUGUUGGAGUUCCCUUGGGGGUCCUUCUUGGUUUCUAUUACAAAUUUGGUGCUAAGGGUAUUUGGUUGGGGAUGAUGGGUGGAACUGGCAUGCAGGCAAUCGUUCUGAUAUGGGUCACGUUUAGAACUGAUUGGAAUAAAGAGGUUGAAGAAUCAAUGAAGAGAUUAAACAAGUGGGAUGUCAAACAGGAAAGUACUUUGACGGAUUGAAUUCCAUUUGGAAUAUAUUAAGGAUGUCAAUUGCUAAUAUGGUUGGUUCAUGAUAAUUUUUUCUAUGAUUUUUUAGGUCAGAAUAGUAUUAUUUUGGUCGGGGUUAAUUAAUAUGAUUGUGGUUCAAUUUUAGUAUUAUCUAUUUUAGAGGUAUUGUUUAAUGGAAUUUAGUUGAUAUUCCAACGUAUUCAGAAAAUAAAAGAAAUCUCCUAAUCCCUUUUCAAA